AUGGCCGAAGGCGAAGGGAAUGUAAGUCAACAGCGUGUUGUUUCUUUGUUGCAAGAAGCAACAAGAAUGAUCAGAGAAUAUCCUGGAUCAUCAAAUGAUGUUUCUUCAGCACAAGUUGCGAAUCCAAAUGUAAUUUCUCAAAGCGAAUCGCAUGCUACUACAUCAUCUGCCGUCAAUACAUCAAAUUCAGAAAGAGUGUUGGGGAAUUUUAGAAAUCUUUUUGCGCUGUAUGGGCAUACUGGUCGCCGAUGUUUAAGUUCCUCAACACUGUUGUUUCCAAAUGAAUACGUCUACAACACUUAUAUUUCUGUCUUGUUGACUUUACUUGCCUUCGACUUCGGUCAUGGUGGAAUUACAAUUUCCCGCUAA